CGAUUAUAUUCUGCGACUCCAUGCCACUGCUGCUUGCCUCUCCCAAGCCAGUAGACCCUAAUCCUGGCUCUGUCGUAGCAUGAUUGACCAUUUUGUAGGGCGCCCUAAUCCCUCCUGGAAGAGAAUGCAGGUCUUCCUCGUCGUCUUAUUUUGGCUAUGGCGCAUUCUUCAGGGAAACUCGGGUCCGCCUCCGAUCCUUUGGCUCAGCCGUCUGAACAGAUAUCUCCGACGUUUCACUCCCUGGCAACUUAUUGUCAGUACGUUAACAGCCAUAUACGCCGUACGGAAUUUUGACAAGAUACUUGGACUUCAAUCGCCAGAGCCUCUAGCUAACCUUUAUUCUCCGUCGUAUUAUCGUGCAACAUGGAUCAUCACUGGUUUGGAUGCAGGAUUUGCAACAGCCAUGUCAAUACGACCCAAGUGGUUGCGGGAUCUUUGUUCUGUAUUAUUCUCGGGUUACUAUAUGUUAUAUCCUAAUGAGGCGGACGAGAAGCUACGACGAUUCCGAGCUGUGCCCACUGUCGAGAUGCUACGGGCUACCUGGGAAAAGACCACCAAUCCAUGGAUACGAUCGUUCUCGCCUUUGCCUCCCGUCACUAUCCGCCGGAAGAUUUUGUUAGCGAGACCUAAAGUGUCUCCUUGUCAGCGACCCAUCACUGUGUAUCUUUUCUUUGCCUCCACGGAUGCAAGUCUAAGCCAGUCAUCUGACUUGAUUCUGGACAUCCCUGGGGGAGGGUUCAUAGCCAUGAAUCCCGAACAUCACGAAGACCGUCUACGAAUGUGGGCCAGAUCAACAGGAAAACCUGUUCUGUCCCUAGACUAUGGAAAGGCGCCAGAAUAUCCUUACCCCUUCGCCAUAGACGAGGCAUUCGACCUUUACAGGCUGCUUGUUGAUUCUGGUGGUAGAAUCAUCGGCAUGUCAGGCCACAACUUGAAAAUCAUAGUCACCGGGGAUUCUGCUGGGGCUUGUAUUGCGGUCAACGUCGUUUUAAAGAUUCUCGAACAGCCGUGGAACCUUCUGACGCUUCCAAAGCCACACGCAAUGGCCCUUAGCUAUGCCGCGCUUGAUUUCAAUUUUACUUCUUGGAUGACCCCAGAUAAUUUGCGCAUUCUGCGAUCCGAAGAGCCGUCUGGGGAUCUUCCCGGAUUACAGAACUUGUCUGAAGAAUACAAUGGCUUGAAACAGAAUAUCAAUCCCCUCAGUGUAGUCGGAGAUAAUAGACCUGGCGUUCCCUGUCCAAAACGUCUUAAGCGGAGAAGCAGCUGGAAAGAUACUUACAUGUCUGGUUUUGCCGGUGGUAACGAUGAAGCUGGGCCUCGGUUAAAGGAGAAAUCCCACUCACCAAACUCCACCCGCGUGUCAAUGGGACGAAAAUCGUUCUUACGGGCCCGAACAUCCUUUGCUGACGAGAACCGGUCCUCAAGCGAAGAAGAAGACGAUUUUUUGUGCAGAGUGGAUAAGAGGCGAUCUCCGAAUAAUGUAAAGUGCAACUCUCCUACUGUCCCUCCAACAGCACCGAGUGCUACCGCGUUACAUACCGAACGACAGGAGGAUCUAUCCGCCGCUGUUUCUGCUGCAGAUCAUAAAGUAUCACACCUCUCACAAGAGCCGAAACUACCCACAGGUACUCGUCUGACAAUGGCAAGCAGGACAAGUUACUUUACCGACAGGAUCAUCUCUCCUACAAUGAUGCGUGCAAUGGCUAUUCUAUACAUUGGUCCGAAUCACAACCCGGAUUUCGCGACCGACUAUCGAAUAUCCCCGGUACUUGCACCGAGUCACCUUCUCGCCCAAUUUCCUCCCUUACUAAUGCAAUGCGGGGAAAAGGACCCGUUUGUGGACGACACUGUUGUCUUCGCGGGCCGCAUCAGAGAAGCCAAACGAGCGCGUAAAAUCGAACUUGACAUGGGGCUUUCCGGUAAGAGCCCUAAAGUUGGAGAGUCCCUCCGGAUGAGCGUUGCAGACGUGCCACUGGAUGGCAGUCGUAAGCUUUCGAUGAGAAAGGAAAGGGACCAACUUGGGCGGGAAACUGAGGAUGAUUGGGCUCAGAUAGUGAUCUUCUCAGAGUGGUCCCAUGGUUAUCUUCAGAUGCCUCUAAUCAUGCCUGAAGCCAUCGCUGUCAUUGAAGAUCUUGCUGAAUGGAUCGAUCAAGCGUUUGGGCGAUUCAGCACUGACAAUACGACGCCGAUCCACCAUACAUCGCACUCUUCAGCGUAUGCUGACUGUCCUGACCAAAGGCCAACUAGUCCCUUUACUUCGGAAACAGAGACUGAUGAUACGGGCAUCACAUUCGUGCCGAAGAAAUACCAGGGACGUCUAUCGCCUACAAGCCUUCCACGCGACAAGAAACUAGUAGAUGAAACCCAGUCCAACGGGAAUGGAGGGACUUCACCGCCGGAAGCAGAUAUCUCCUCUGAGGGGGAAACGCUCCUUGACCCCGACCGUGACUGCAUGGUAAUGCUGGGGCUCGUUGACGGCUAUCAAUCGCCUGCGAAUCAAGACGUGCAGAAAUCGAACGGACCGAGACAAACGGGUCAAACGAUUAGUGAGACCGAGUUGAUGCGUCGCCGGCGCCUAUUGGAUUCACAUUUUAGUUCGAGAUGAUGUCAGAAUUUAUUUGUCUUACUCAUUAGUUAGCUGUCAUGAAACGUCGGUCUCCGGAGUACAGAAUAUAAUUCUUUCAAGUUCCCAAAUACCUUCAUCGUUUCAAAUAUUCUGCUAUUCUACGUACAGCUGUCGGCUAGUAGAACUGUAUCUACCAGUAGAAUCUCACCUUUAGCAGCACAGCACUUAUGGCAAUUGCACAGCAUGGAGGGAUGAUUGGAGAUGCCAAAUUUAGACGCAUUGCUG